CUAUUGAUAGUUGCUUACCUGUGGCCUAGCCUUUAAUUUUUUGUUGGCCCAAAUUAAUAAUAAAUACCUUAGUCUAGUCCCUUGGGUCCGUCACAGUCCAGCCAACCAAGAUGCCCAUCUACGAGAGCGUGAUGCAGGAGAAGCCGCCCAUCGUCCUGGACAUUGGCAACGCCUACACAAAGCUGGGCUUCGCGGCGGAGGCGUAUCCGCGGAAGAUAAUGCCCACGGAGGUGGUGAUGACCACGACGGGUGUGAGGAAGCGUCUUCUUGAUUACGACACACAGGAGGAGCUCUACGACCAGCUGGUGGACUUCCUGCAGACGAUAUUCUUCAAGCACCUGCUGGUCAGCCCCAAGGAGCGGAAGUUUGUGCUGGUGGAGAACGUGUUCGGACCCACUGUGCUGCGCGAGACCUUGGCCCGCGUCCUCUUCGUCCACUUCGACGUCUCCUCCGUGCUGUUCGUGCCCGUGCACCUCAUCGCACUGUCCACGCUGGCCGUGCCCACCGCCCUGGUGGUGGACAUCGGCUACAGCGAGACCAGCGUCAUGCCCGUCUUCUGCGGGGUGCAGAUCAUGGCCGCCUUCAAGGACCAGAGCUACGGAGGCAGGGCCAUCCACGCGGAGAUCAAGCGCCAGCUGGUGGAGACGGGCGUCAAGGAGAGCCUGCUGACGGAGAGCGUGCUGGAGGACAUCAAGGUGCGAGCAUGCUUCGUGACCACCAUGGAAAGGGCCCAGGCAUUCGCCCAGGGUGGCGAGGAUCAGCCGACUGCGGCGCCAGGCGUGGACUACAUCGUCAGCGACAACGAUGCUGUCAUCCAGGUGCCCGGCGUGCUGCGGGAAACCGUCUACGAGAUCAUGUUUGAGGCUAGCAACGAGCGGGACAGCCUGGCGCACCUCAUCCUGCGCUCCAUCCUCGACUGCACCCUGGACGUGAGGCGUGCUCUGGUCGAGAGUGUGUUCCUCGUGGGCGGCGGCUCCAUGGUCCAGGGCCUGCUGGCCCGACUUCGCCAGGAGCUGCAGCACCUGCUCGCCAAGGAUCCCUUCUACGCCGAGCGCUUCCACGGCAAGCUGCAGUUCAAGUUCUUCAAUGCCAUUGGCAAGCAGAACUUCACCGCCUGGCUGGGUGGCGCCCUGUGCGGGGCCACGGAUCUCAUCCAGACAAGGUCGCUGGUCAAGGAGACGUAUCUGAAGAGCGAGCACGUCCCCGACUGGAGCAACCUGUGCGACAAUCGGCCGACAGGUUCAUAGUUUGGCGGAGGCCUCUGAAAAACGCAUCCUUAUUUAAUAUUGAUUAAAGUGUAUUAUAUAGGCUUAAAUUUAACUGCAAGUAUAAAGUAUAGAACAUAUAUUCUAAA